GUCGUCACAAGGCUGAAAACAAUACAUAGUAAACAAUAACAAGAGCUAUUUUUAAGCUUUUCUUCUUUCCCACCUCUUUCCCUUUUUCGAAUUCCGACUCGCCCCCAAUCCGCUUAUAUCAACCAUAGCUACCGAUCAUUUAUGUAUACCCCAUGAACGCAAUUCGAUAUUCAAAUAUUAUUCGUCCUCCUACGAUCACACUUGAAAAUGGUUGAGACACCUAGAUUCGUCUACGAAAAUGCCGGCGGUUUCUUACCGGGCGGCAAAACCUCCUUGCCCUCUCCCGCCCCUAGCACAGCUUCUAACCAGGCCGCCGCGCGCCUCCCACGCCCACGAUCAAAACCCCUAGCUCGAGGCUCUAGAAAAGAAGAUUACGCUAGGAACUACGUAUCUGAUCGAUUGUUACACAUAUCGCGUCGAUACGUUAAGAAGCAUGGGAUUCCGGACCCCGCAGAUGAAGUGAAGGGCUAUAAAGACAUGGACGAGCUGUGUAAAGACAUGGAAGAUGUAGUUGAUGUACUUUGGUUCUCUGGCACACCCAGUCUUCAGAUACCAUACCUUCUUAACGUCGCGCUCGCAUUUAACACAUAUUUACCUUCCUUCCCGCCGUCGCCAGCACCCACCUUCGCGCUCCUCAAGAAGCUCGAUCACUGUUUUGCCAGUCUGUUAAUAGGUCGUGAUAUUAAAUCGGGGGAUUCAUUACCGGGGUUCCAAGGCAAUGGAAGAGGUUUAACGAGAACCGACAUGGUGCGCUGCAAAAGUCUUGUCGAUGAGACCCGCAUGCUGGUCGCAAUGAUUAUGAGUGGCGAGCCAGGCGUUGGGAUGUAUGCAGACGCAAGCGAUAACGACGACGAAUUGGCACGGCCACCUACAAGGCAAAACAUCGGUGUCUCGCCAUCUACCGGUUUAAUACAGACACCUACCCCCCCAAAUAACAGCAAUGCCAAGGUCAAGUCCGAAGACGUUAUAGACUUUGAAAACGACACAGAGUUAAGCGACGCGGAAGAACUGCAUCGUGCUGCAGCUAAGCGCAAGUCCGUCGACGCAGUUUCAGAGGACGAGGAGCUCGACGAUAAGAAACGCAUUAAAGUCGAGGAAGGAGAGUCGACCCCGAUAUUUAGCGAUGCCGCUCCAGGAGCUCGGAGUCCAGUUCCGAUGCUGGAUGGACCUGGUCCGCAUCAAUCCGACGGCAAGUUUCAUUGGAUGAUAGACGACGAUGACGAUGAUUCCGAUGACGAUAGAGCCCCGGCUGCAAAAGCUGGCGUCAAUACUUCUACUAUCGCCCCGUCGACGGUGCAGAUGGCUCCCGACACCGAACAGGAUAUGGGCGAGCCGGAUGGGGAUUCAGACGGGGAAGAGGAACUGAAACUUAACGUGGGCAAGGUCUACGAAAAGACAAUGAUACAGCUCGGAAAAUCGCUAGGCGAGUCAAUAACAGACGACUAGUAAAUCCUAUAUAAGGCUAUAUAAAUUAAAGGAAAUAUAUUAUCUAUUAUUGUGUGUAAUAGCCUUGGCAACGAAUACUACAUGUAGUUCUAGUUAAUACACAUGAAGGGCGGCUACACAUCAGGCAUAGAUCACAUCAUAUCUCUUUUGAU